AUGUCUUCCCAGUCUCUAAAUCUCAAGGGCAGUGGAGGUGAUCCGUGCAAAGACUGUCUCAGGCUGAGUAAGGAAUGUGUUUACCCUCCCAUUCAGAAGAGGAAGAGGAAAGCUCGAGACAGAGAGGGUAGACAGCAGGCCAGAGGCGCCCAGCCAACUUGGAGCGUUCCUGCUUCCAUCGAGGAGAGCGCCCACGACAGAAACUUAGGAGGUUUGGAUAAAGAGAACGAGAUUCUAGAGGUUCAAAAUCCCUGGCAUGUCUUGUCUGGCAGCCAUCUUCUAGACGCCGCUCAGAAAUUUAGAUCCUCAACAAACGAAGGCGACCCUCAAAGGAAUCAGGACAUCCGGGUAAUUCGAUCCCCUCUCCAAUCGACACGUCCAACAAGAGCUCCAACUCCAGACUCUCGCGCCGAUUAUCUGGGUGCAGCCCUCGCUGAGGAAGCAGAUGCCCCUUGCAUAGAAGAAUCUAGUUGGGAGUAUUACGAGCCCUGGUCAUGGCGGGCUAUUUGUUCAGACACUGGGUUGCAAUGGAUGCAAAGAUUAACAGGGAGUCAUGACUUUGUCCGCAGCGUCAGAUUAUUCAAGGAACAAUUAAAUCCAAUGAGCUCGGAGGACAGAUACCUGACAUUAAUCCCCGAUUACACCGAGCCUGAAGAGACGGUUGCUUGGGAAUAUGUGAAUGCGUUCUAUGAGAACUGUUGGGAGGCUGAUCUUGGUAUUCUGGACCGAACUGAUCUUCAAGCUCACCUUCAAGCACACUUCGACAAUCGAGGCUCCCCGAAGGAUCCUGCCUGGUUUGCUCUGCGAAAUAUUGUCUUUGCGGCUGGAUACCGAAGCCUCCUAGCUACUACGCCUGCCGUUUCCUUCGCUGAUGCGCAGGCAAAGGCCGGAUUCUACUUCAAUAACGCGUUAUCCAUGUUUACUAGGCUUAUAUUGCCGCCCUCGACUUUGAUAGCGGUCAGAGCAUUAACCUUGAUGGCUUGCUACGUCGAAGGAAUUGGCAGCCCUGCUCUCAAACAUAGUUUGUGUGCCAAUGCUGUUCACAUCGCGCAGUGUAAAGGGUUAUACCGACAGCCAGAUAAGUCUUGGGGUAAUUCUGAAAAUGAGACCUUGAAGAGAAACUGGCUCUGGUGGACAAUCUAUUGCCUUGAAAAGCACCUUUCCCUAUGCAGUGGUCGACCAUCUGUUAUUGAUGAUGACAACGUCAGUGCUCAAAUUCCCUGGGCGAUGCCCCGAGGGAGCAAUGCCGAUCUGCAAAGCCUCAGUAUUGCAGCAAAGCAUGCAAAGCUGCACUCUCGGAUAUCUCGUCACCUUCUUUCAUUCAAGGCUCUAUCGAUGUCCACUAAGGAUCUGAUAACUGCUGUCAAUCAAUAUCAUGAUCAGCUCACCCAGCUUCUGGACGAGAUGCCCACGGCUUUCCGGAUUGGAACCUUGGCUAGGCCCCCAUAUUCUAAUCGCAUAUUGAUCCAGCUUUUGUAUCUACAUUUCUCCAUCUAUGGGAGCUUAAUGGCGCUUCAUGCCCACUUCUUCUACCCCUGGAUGGUCUCUAGACAUAGUACGGAUAUUCAGGAUGAUGCUCUAGAGGUGCAAUUAGCCUCCUCGGCUUCAACAGUGGCCGAUGCAGCGCGCAAGAUUAUUCUUGCUCUUCGACUGGCCGACUCAAACAUUACCACGCCUUCUUGGUUGACAUUCUACUAUCCCACCUAUGCAGCCAUCAACUUAUUCAUCUUCCUUGUGAAGAAUCCCUCCUCGCCGUCCGCCAAGUCAGACCUUGGGUUGCUCGAUGUGUGCGCUGGACAUUUCGGGUUUAUCGAAUUUCUAACCUCAUCCCGGGUUUCUAUGUCUUUACCACGGGACGCUGCGAGCGUCGCGUCAAGAGUCGUUCGGGUGGCGAAAACUGUUGGAUCAGAGCGCACGCCCGCAGCAGGCGCGACAGUGCAGAUUCAUUCUGGGCACCCCUAUCAACUUGAGCCUGCAGACAUGGGCGGCGCUGGGUUUGGCAGUCUUGAGCAGGACGCUAUGGACUUAAAUGAGUCUGCUCUUACGAAACUUACGACUGUGGUGAACUGCUCGGCACUGUCCGUUGGCAUAGGUCCGUGGACAACGUUCGAGCGAUGGGAAUCGAUGGCACAAUAUGUCACUGUGGCCCCAGUCUACACUGCGAGUACACCAAUCAGCGUGCUUCGGUCCGAGGCCAAUGUUAUCUCGGACCGAGAUGGCCUGACAACCAUUAUUGGGCGGCCAAACCAUGAGCAGGCUCUCCCCACUUAA